AUGAAUCCUGACGUGCCUGCUGCCACCUCGGCCCUAGAAGGCUCCUCGACAUGGCUGUUGGUGCUGCUGGGAAGCCUUACAGUGACUCUUCUUGGGGUAGCUCACAAACUGGGGCUCAUCUAUCAGCUGUGGCAUCAGGUAAAACAUAAAUCAGUGACUGCCUUUAGAUGUGGCUUCUUUAUCUGUAGGGCAGUGAUGGGAAACCCACAACCCUCUGGAUGCUGCUGGAUUACAAAUUCCAUCCUUCAAUAUUCAGCUGGCUGGGGCUGGUGGGGGUUGGAGUCCAACAACAUUUGAAGGGCUACAGGGUCUCCAUCUCCAUUAUAGGGGAGCCAAAGGCCUUAAGAGAGAGUAGGCAGGGUAUGAAUAGCUUAGGUCCAAAAUGGAAUUAUGUCUCCCACCCUCCCCUUGCAGGGAUGUAUACUGUAUUGCUUUUGGGGCCCAGUAUUAAUCGAUUUCUGUUCAGAUGAUCUUGGUGGUGAAAAGUUCGCAGCAGGUGUCUUUCACCAGACAUCCGGAUGUUAAACAACAGUUAGUCCUGUCGAUGCCCUUUGCUUUCCUGCGCCUCAGUCCCAUUGGCUCUGUAUCAAAGGCACAGUAAUAAGUAGUAGAGGAAGGACUGUAGUUAACCAGUAGAGCUUUGCAUGGAAAAAAGUCGCAGGGUCAAACCCUGGCAUUUUCAGGGAGGGUUGAGGCAAAAACCCUAUCAAAAAUCCUGGACUAGCGGUCUGACUCUGCAUCAAGCAGUUUCCUGUGCACAAAACUUAGGAUGAGAGUGGAUUUUGCAUUUGAGCACCUCAGCUAUCUUGAAAAGAGUAUUGUUUCUGGGAGAAGAAUUCAUUGGUUGUGGACACCGAAUGCUAAAGAUUUAUGCUUCAGAAGCAGUUUAAGGUAGGACUGGGUACCGGGAGCUGAGGGCCUAGCGUCUUCCUUGUUUCUAAGCCCCUGACCUUUUAUUGCAUUGUUCAUGGGAAGCCAGGACCAAAAGACAGACUUGUCUGUUCCAGGUGGACACCAAGAGCACUCGGCAUGGCGGAGAAACUGUGGCAGAAGUUCUGAAAGCUCAUGGUGUGCGCUUUGUGUUCACGCUGCCGGGUGGACAUAUCUCUCCCAUUUUGGUGGCUUGCGAGAAGCUGGGCAUUCGUGUUGUGGACACGAGGCAUGAGGCAACGACUGUAUUUGCAGCAGAUGCAGUGGCCAGGCUAUCAGGUACCACAUUUCUCCCCGUUUGUUGCUUGCUGAAGAGGGAGGAGCACAAAGUGACACUUGCCUCUGCAUUUUUCUGUUGCAGGAACAGUGGGAGUUGCUGUAACGACAGCAGGACCAGGAGUGACUAACACUGUGACAGCUAUGAAAAAUGCCCAGAUGGCAGAGUCUCCCGUGUUGUUGAUUGGAGGGUCAACAGCCAGGCUGCAGAAGGUAGGCUGCUCAGUCCGAUGGCCCUAGAAUCAAAGGACAAUGACAGAGUAGCUAGAACUUGAUGCUGCUCCUGUUUGAUUUAAGUAGGACUUUGGCCUUUCUGUGUUCACUGACACCGACUCUCCCCAGCAGCAGCUUAGCAGACAAUUUUUCUGCAUGUGUAUUUUUGAGGGCAAUUGAGCUGCAGCUGUGUGGGAUUGUGAACGAGCUUUCUCCUUUCUCCAUCCCCAGGGCAGAGGAGCUCUCCAAGACAUUGAUCAGUUGUCCCUCUUUAAACCACUCUGCAAAUUCUGUGCUUCCGUGACGUCUGUCCGAGAGAUUGCCCCUGCGUUGCGAAAGGCCAUUGCCAUUGCCCAGUGUGACACUCCAGGUAUGCUGCCAUGCCGUUGGCUUGCAACAAGUAUCUUCCACCCACAGAGGAUUGUGGCUGUUAGGUUGUGGCUGUUUUUGUACUUAAGCCAAGGAAGUAAUAAAAGUUCAAGGGCUCAGUGUGGGCUAUAGAUGUCUUUCUUUUAUUGUCCAGUAAGCCUUGAAAGGUUGACUAGGUUUGAGUAAAAAAUGUCAGGCUUUUCUUUCUUUUUUUACUAUUUACAGUAUUUUUUACUGUGAAUGGAAGAGCAAAAAGUUAUCUCUGAAUUUUCUCAACACCCAGUAGGCUAUUUGCCUACACUGUGGAACAAAAUGCUUUCACCACAGUAGAACAGUAUUUUGUCACGGAGACAUCUCUUCCAGCCUCACCCCCUGAAGGCAUCUGCCCAGCGUCCUAAUGCCCAUGUGCAAGAUCUCAGGGCUGGGAGUGUGGGAAUAACAGCUUAUUCUUUGAGUAUCUUAUUGGCUCUUACCUGCCCACCUGACUCUGAUGCUGGACUUGUAGAACUUGUUAACCUGUCUCCUCACAUGAAGCCAAUUUUGACCCUUUGGUGCUCACUGAUGGGCCACUAUCAGCUUCGGCAGCCUUAUGUCUGAGUUUCAAAGGUUUCUGAGGCUGACUUUAGAGAAUCACUGUGGCUCUCUUCUGAGCAUGGUAGGUCACUUACUUUUUGAUGGAUGAGGAAUGGUGGAUACAGGAAUCCAGGGCUGACACUUCUGAUAUGGGAGAUCCUUCUAAUUGGGUGCUGCCACAUGGGAGGUAGAGCUCAAGAUUUUUGUGGUUUUGUGCCAAAAAAGGUUGCAAGGUCCAUGAGUGAGCAAGUGGGUUGGUCUCGGUGCAUGCUUCUAACUAGAUUUUUCUUUGGACAGUUCCUUGGAACAGGGAUUUUCUUUACAGAGUGAGGUGGUUAUGGAACUUCCUGUUUGUCUUGUAGGGCCUGUGUUUGUAGAGUUCCCCUUGGAUAUCCUGUAUCCCUAUCAUCUAGUAGAGAGAGAGAUUUUCAAGAACUUCACUUCUAAAAGCCUUUUGGGAAAGAUUGUUAACUGGUGAGUGAGCUGCCUUCCACCCUCCCAUAUCAGUAAAGGUAUUAACUGGUGAGCGGUUCUGUGGAGGGCCUAGUGAUGGAGCCCUGGAGAAUUUUAUAGGUCUCUCUCUUACCCUCCCCCCUCUUUUUAAACUGAUUCACCUGCUCCUUAAUUACAAGAUGCCCCAAUUCUUCAAUCUGGUCCUCUAUAUCGGGGAGGAAGAUUUCUCUUGCUCUUCUGCUGUAUUUGACAGAUUGCCACCAUGAAGACCUUGAGCUUCUUGGUAGCUGGUUGGUGCUCAUAUUUUGGGUAGCAAACUGAAACCUUGCAUUCUGUGGUAUAGGCUACAGCCUCCUCCUCAUCACUACCAUGGCAAGAUCUUGGCCUUCAAGACCACAUUCUUUUUGUUGUCACCCAGGUAUCUGCGCAGUUACAUAGGGAACCUCUUUGCCGGGGCAUGGGAGAUGCAGGACCUUUCACCUCUGCCAGUGAACUUGCCAAAGGCUUCAAGGGGACAGGUGAGAAUCCAUAGAGUCCCAGCUCCAACUGAACGUAGCUAGCAAAGUUAAUGUGUGGAGCUGGGAGCAUCUUACUUCUCAAUUAUAAUUAAGUCCUACAUUUCAGACAAAUAUUACCUUCCUUUUAUGGCCAAAUUCUGUGUGAUUGCCAUAAAACAUAGGGAACAAGCUUUGAUAUCAUCAUGAUUAAGGUUUUAAAUGACAACUUCAGGUUAUAUUUUAGUGAGUAAGAUCUAAUUUAUAUAUUUUAAUUGCUGCUAUAUCUGUACUGUCCCUGUUAUACUGAACUGCAAAUUUAGAUGUAUCCCUAUUGUGUUUCAUGACUUCCUAUAUCUUCUGACUUCCUCUGGCCUUUACUGUCUUCUGUAAAGAGGGCAACUCACUAUUCCUCUGGAAAGAGGGGCAAAUUGAGACUGAAUGACGUAGCUUUCAUCCUCUUACCUGUAAAGUCCUAGAUUUACUGCCUUUUCACAGUCACCGUCCCCCCCACCCCAACGAGGAGCCGCUGUUUUCCUCUUUUGAAGCUAUUCUCUCUCCUCCCCCCGCCCCCAGUAAUAGCUGUGUUGUUGCUUUGAAAACUUGGUCAUUUUUCUCAGACUGACCCUCACCUGGGCAUGCCUCUGUGCAGGUGCAACAGUGUGUGGAGCUCAUCAGCCGAGCUAAGAAGCCAGUCAUCAUCCUUGGUAGUCAGGUGACGCUACCACCAACACCAGUAAAGAUACUCAGGUGAGGGGUGGUACCUUGCAAUUUUGGCUCCCCUCAGAUCCCAUUUACAUUUGUCUGUGGCACACUAAUCAGUAUCGGCCAUUAGCGAGGCUACCCCUAAAGCUGAGGAGUGCCAUCGUUUCUUAGGUGAAGUAGUCUGGGAUGGGGUAGCCAAACCAGUAAGGACGUGAGAAUUGGGAUUGGGGUUGGGCAGGAGUCUGGUGUAAUGGGUAAAGCUGGGGCUCUGGAGGGCACUGAGGCUAUGGGCCACAGCCGGAUAAAGCUGUGCUGUUGCUGGCCGAUAAUGGAACAUUGUUGCUGAAGUCUCUGCAGUGAGAUCCUCCUAUCCUUCCAGAGAUACCUUAGAAGAACUGGGGAUCCCGUGUUUUCUUGGAGGCAUGGCUCGCGGCAUGCUGGGGAAAAAUAGCCCACUGCACAUCCGUCAAAACCGGCGGGACGCACUCAAGGAGGCAGAUGUGGUCAUUCUAGCAGGUAGAUAUGCUCAUUGUAGUUGCCAGUGCUAACCUGUUGCUAAAGGGGGGCUGCCUGGAAGUAGGUGGCCUAUUUGGGUGUGUGAUGGGUGUCUUUAGUUAUUAUGUGAACAGCCCUAAGAUCUUGUGAUGAAGGGCAGUAGAUAGAUAGAUAGGUAGGUAGGUAGGUAGGUAGGUAGAUAGAUAGCAAGCAAGCAAGCAGAAGAAGAAGAAGAAGAAGAAGAAGAGUUUGGAUUUGAUAUCCCGCCUUUCACUCCCUUUAAGGAGUCUCAAAGUGGCUAACAUUCUCCUUUCCCUUCCUCCCCCACAACAAACACUCUGUGAGGUGAGUGGGGCUGAGAGACUUCAAAGAAGUGUGACUAGCCCAAGGUCACCCAGCAGCUGCAUGUGGAGGAGCGGAGACGCGAACCCGGUUCCCCAGAUUAGGAGACUACCGCUCUUAACCACUACACCACACUGGCUCUCAGCAAGCAAGCAGUUUGUCUCAUUCCCAUAAUUUCUGUUCCACUCUCUAGGCACAGUCUGUGAUUUUCGCCUGUCAUUCGGGGGGAUCCUAAGUAAACGCAGCAAAAUCAUUGCUGUCAACAGGAACCGGGAGCAGCUGCUGAAGAACGCACAUGUGUUCUGGAAACCCACCGUGGCCAUUCAGGGUGAGGGGCCUGCCAGGGUCUGCAAUAUGGGGGUUGUGAGGGGGUGGCCCUAUUGCUGGAGGGAGAGAGGAUGUGCUUCGUGGCGUGGCUUGGUGAAGUCAGUGACCCUGAGGAAGGGGAUACAUUGGCUGCAUUGUGCAUCCCUUCCUGGUCAGAGCCUUGCGCUUUUCAGGCCUCCUGCAACUCCUUUCCUACAGGGGAUGCUGCCUGCUUCCUGGUGUCCUUGUGCCAAGCGCUGAAGGGCUAUUCGUGUCCCCAGGACUGGAUAACAGGCCUGAAGGAGGUGGAUCGCAUAAAGGAGAAGGCAAACAGGUGAGAAACACACAUGUGCGCUGUUCCUUUUUCUCGUCCUUGUAUAACUGAUAUUCAGAGAGUAAUGCUGGCUUUGGGCGUGUCUUGAAUCAGUCUGUGGGCCAUGUUCCUCCCCAGGGAGAAGGCAGAAAAACCGACAGAGCAGCACCUCAACCCACUGAAGCUGCUGCACCAUUUGGAUAGUUUGCUUCCUGAAGACAGCUUGUUGAUUGCUGACGGGGGUGACUUUGUUGCAAGUGCCGCCUACAUUGUAAAGCCCAGGGGGCCACUGACCUGGUUGGAUCCAGGUAACACGACAUUAGCGAGAUGUUGGGAAGUGUAAUGUAUUCUGGGGGGGGGGGUUGUUUGAUUCUGCUGAUUCUGGUAUCUACUUGUGUUAUACAGCUUCUGAACUGCUGUUCUGCUGCGAUAUGAAGCAGCAAAAAUGUCUCCUUCCUUUGAGCAGAUACCUGUCGUUUUGCUAAACACACAUCCAAUUUCACAAUUCCAUAGAAAUGAGCCUUGUGGAAUAGACAUUCCAGCCCAUCUUCAUAGAGGCUGUGGGAUGGAUACGUCUAAGGAAGGCUGCACUGCUUUGCUUUCCUGUAUUAACCAUGGUGGAAGGCACCAUCUGGAGAACAUAAUUUUAAAAAGGUUUUGGAAAGAGCAAUUUCCUCCAGAAAUUAGAAUUGAGGAAAAUACCAGAAGAAGUUUCCUAACUUCAAGAAUUGUUCUGCAUUGACCUAAGAUGCCUUUAAGAGUUCUGCUUAACUCCUUUAAGAGUUCUGUUCCAGCUUAAAGAAAAAGCUGGAGCAGGUUCUUAUCAUCAGGACUGCUUGGAUUUUGUGUUUCUUUUCUUGGCACACAGCUCCUUGUCUUUGUUUUAUGAAAAUAUUAACAUUCUUUUUUUCUCUCCAGAUGAUCUUUAUUGAAUUUUUAGUUACAUACUGUACAUACACAUACAUUAUAUUUCACAUUUGUUCUUGCUCUCCUGAGCUGACUUCCCUCCUUCCUUCUUCUGGCUUUUUUGUGUCCUCUUUGACUUUUCGCAUUGUCUUUGUCCAUUUUCCACAAGAUUGUUCUUCUUCAUUUUUCCUAUUAAAAAAGAAAAGAAAAGAAAAUAUUAACAUUCAGCCUUUCUGUCUCAUGUCUGAGAUGCCCAAGUUGACUAAUCCCAGCAAAGUUUAACAACAACCAUAUAAUAAAAAACAAACCAACAAAGUCUGCUUUUGAAAAAGCUAGAGGGUAUCAAUGCAGGAACGGGUCAGACUGUGGGCUGCUGGGAUAGCAAGGCAACCUACUGGCUUCCUUCAAUCACUGUUCUUCUGCUUCUGCUCGUUCUAGGAGCCUUUGGGACCUUAGGGGUUGGUGGCGGCUUCGCGCUGGGAGCCAAGCUCUGCAGGCCAGACUCAGAGGUUAGUGCACAGUAUUGGGAAGCCAAGGAUAGAAGCUGUGGUUAAACAACUCCUGUUGCCCCAAAGAGGUCAUUGGGCUGAUUGCCUGAGUCCCCAUUGGGUUAUUGCAUAGUGGGUUUUGUAUUUUAUUACUGCCCCAAUCGAUUUAAAUUGUUUUAACUGCUUUUUUAUUUGUGUGUUUUUAAAUUCGGGUUGUUGUUGUUUUUAAUUGAAAGGUGUGCCUGGGAAGAGAGGAACUGGGGAGAACAAGGGGAGCCCAAAUCACAGUGGUUCAGGGGAGGGGGGCAGGCCAGGUCACACAACACAGGCAGCUAGUGACUGUGCUGUGUGCCAGCCCCUCCUCCAACUUGGGGAAAUGCGGUUGUCCUAUCAGCCAGCCCUCAAGGACUGCCUCUCAUAUAAACCGAUACGGAUCCUGUGAUCAUCAUCUGAGGCCCUUCAGUGUGUGCCUCCUCAAGAGGUCCAGAGGGUGGCAACACAAGAAUGGGCCUUUCUGCUGUGGCACCCCAUUUGCGGAAUGCUCUCCCCAGGGGGGCUCGCCUGGCGCCUUCAUUGCAUAUAUUUAGGCGCCAGGUGAAAACAUUUCUCUGUAACCAAGCCUUUUAAAUGUGGUCUUUUAAAAUGUGUUUGUGGAAGGGGGUUUUGGUUUGCUUUUGUUUUAUUAUGUAUUUUGUGUUCUCAUUUUGUAUUUUUAUGUUGUGAGCUGCCCUAAGGUCUUCAGUUGAAGGGUGGUAUGCGGAUGUAGUAAAUAACAAUAAUUAAUAAUUUUUGCUUAUAUGACCCUCCUUCAGAUUGAUAAGCCCUCCUUCUCUUUUUUAAAAAAAUCAUUUUUAUUAAAUUUUCCACAUUAACAAUCCAGUCAAAUCACAUUAAAUAUUCCAAAUUAUACAUAUACAUAUCAAAUAACCCAAAUAUUCUGCCAAAUUUUAAGUUUUUUAAAAGGACUUCCCAUGCUUCAUUUGGAGGGUUCUAAUCGAUAAGCCCUCCUUCUCAGUGAUGGUUUCUUACUUGUAGGAAAAUCAGUAGGGUGAUAAGAACAUGUGAUGUUGCAUUUCACCUCACUGGCUGCUGCAUCGACCCUCACUCACUCUUUAAUAAAAAAAUUCUUGGCAGGUUUGGAUCAUAUACGGAGAUGGCUCCCUUGGGUUCAGCAUCAUGGAAUUUGACACCUUUGUGCGACACAAGGUAACCCUAGCUCUGCCCAAUUUGUGUUCUCUCUCCAUCUGUGGGUGGGGUUAUUGAAAGCAGCUGGAGAUGGUCAGGGUUGGAAAGCUGUGGCUGCUGGCAGCUUUGCCAAGAGAUCACUUCACUGGUCAGAAUCACCUUGUUUAUCCGAGAAAACGUAUUAAUAAAAUGUGGCUAAUGUUCUUCCUGAGGAUAAUGGUAUUUCACUACAGCACUGCAAGGAGAAUUUAUUUAUAUUAUGUAUUAUAUCUGUGUAUAUUUUAAAAAUCUGUUAGUAUAGAAAGAGAUAUGAACUGAGUAAAUAACUGUAAUAUUUAACUGCAAAAGAUUUUCAGAAGGAUUUCAUGUUAAAUAUAUUUGAUGUAUGUAAUUUUUAUGUUAUCUGUUUUUAAGAUAUCUUGGGACUUACUUUUUAAAAAGCCAAUUCACUGGUAUUGCCCUGCACAAACAUGCCUUCUCUCUCUUCCUAAAAGAAAAGAAAAGGAAAAAAAGAAUCACCUUGUUUAACUAGAUUUUGUCUGGCAGUCAGUUUUGGGGGUGAGCUGCUUUGAGAGGAAAUAGUAGAGUCAAAGCGUCUUCUUCCGUUACCUAUCGUAGCCUGCCAGCAAAUCCAACCAGGCACAUUUUCUACCCAACUUCCCCCUCCCAAGUCACAGGAGAGGUUUACCUGUGCAUUUCCUAAAACCUGUCUGGGGGGCUGCUGGAGCAAGACUGAGUGAUAAGUGACUGCCUCCUUGCUUGCUGGCAGAUAUAUUUUUCCUCUUCUGUCCCCCCACCCCACCCCCAAUAUGUCUCAGGAAUAGGAUAGAUAGACAGGUCUUCCUUUCCUCUUGCUUCUGUUUCUUCAUCCUUCUCAGCUCUCCUGUUUUAGGUGGUGUGGAGAGAUGAGGAUAACAGGCUGAAUUGGGCCCGUGAGCCACAUGACAGAGAAUUCCCUCUCUUUACAUAUUUGGGCAACAGGUGGAGAGGGCUUAGUUCAGACAUCCAAGAUUGCAGUAUAGUCUCUCUUCCUUCUCUCACAGUAGGAGCUCUGGAUAAUGACCUCAUCCAUAAUUUCUUACUGUCCUUUUGUCACUGUGCAUCCUAAUAUAUAAAAAGGUAGGGUAGAAGACUGUGAGUACCCUUUCUUAAUUCCUGUUUAGUUCUAUAACAUUUUGUUCUGCUCUGUCAGACACCUGUCAUCGCCCUGGUGGGGAACGAUGCUUGCUGGAGCCAGAUUUCCCGGGAGCAAGUUCCCCUGCUUGGCAGCAAUGUAGCCUGCGGCCUGGAUUAUAUAGGUGAGUUAACAGCCUUAUUAGUGCCGGAUAUGGCAUCCUAUACACAAAUUCAUAAGUGGAUUUUGGCAAAGUUGAAGCAAAGAAGCUUGGCUUGGCUGUUCUUUUAAGCAGGGUCAGGAAGAUAGUGUCUUGCCUGGCCUCUGGGACAGAGCAAAUUCUGCUUCUAGGGCAAUUCCCCCUCAUGCUCUGUGUCAGAGAGAUGCAAUUGCUCCACUCUUGUGAGCACACCCAAUUGGAAUUUAAACGGAUCAUAAUCCGAUUGGACUUUCACACUUGCACCUCAGAUCCACAGGCUGCCCCCACUAUCUCCCUUUUCAAAAGUUAUUAUUAAAGCACUGUGUUAAACUUCAUCAUGUCAUUGGGUUGGUUUUUUUAAGCGCCAUGAAAAGAAUUGCAAAAUUGCAUCAGCAGGGAGGGUUGGUAUUUGUGACAUUAUAGGGACUGUCUGCUCACUGCUGGGCACCCUGGGUUUUUGCUGCAGGUACAAAACUGGGUUUAAGCUCCGCCAAACAAGUGGCAAACAUGGCUCAUUUGAACAGAACACAGUAUAAUGUGGUUCAUGGUACUUAAAGGGCAUGUAUGUGCUUUUCUGCCGAACAGCUGCAUAUUGCAAGUGUAAAUUAGUUUGCAAAUCAUCCAUGUGAUACACUUUCUCAUAGCCUACAUUAGGGUUGUCAUUAGGGUUACUUGUGAGUAAAUUUGCACAGUUGCAUCCUUAUGGUAAAAGAUCAAUCAUACAGGGGGAAUAUUAAUCAAACAUAUCUGUUCCUAAACCUCUUUGCUGUGCAAGCUAGACAGAACCCAUCAUUGAUUGUUUACAAUGGCAUAUGAGAUGUCUAUGAAGACAUCCCCUUCAAAUGUCAGCAUAACUGGAUUCAUCUGUCAACAAUUCCUAUGCUGCAAAUCGAUUAUUUUUUUAAUACUGUAUUUUCCAUUUCUGUGUGUGAGCUGCCCAGAGAACAUUUUAUAUAAAAUGCCAUAAAUAAAUAGUUAACCUCUAGACGAACUUUAUUCCUAUACUGUACUGAAAGUCAGAAUGCAUGCAUUGGUCCAAAUAUAUGCAUAUUUGAACCAUUGCGUAUUUGGACAAGUAGAAAGUAUUGACACAUGCAUUAGUUUUAACUUGGUAUAUCCCUUUCCCAGAAGCUGAAUUUGGAGACAUCCACAUUAACAGUUAGCCUUUUAAUAUAAAACUCAUUAAAUUUACUCACAAGUAAUUUUACUGAUUUCUGGCUUAGCUGCUUCAUCUGUGUCCAGCAUGAUUUUAACGAUUUAUUGGGAUGCGGGUGGUGCUGUAGUCUAAACCACGAGUCUCGGUGGUAAAGUUCGAAUGCCCGUGAUGGGUGAGCUCCCGUUGCUUUGCUCCAGCUCUUGCCAACCUAGCAGUUCGAAAGCAUACCAGUGCAAGUUGAUAAAUAGGUAUACUGCGGCGGGAAGGUAAAUGGCAUUUCCAUGUGCACUGGCUUCCAUCACGGUGUCGCGUUGUGGUUUAGUCAUGCUAGCCGCAUGACCUGGAAAAGCUGUCUGUGGUCAAACGCUGGCUCCCUUGGCCUGAAAGCGAAGAUGAGCACUGCAUCCCAUAGUCGAAUUCGACUGGACUUAACCGUCCAGGGGUCCUUGACCUUUACUUUUUUUACCCGCAUGAUUUGCAACCUACACCUGUAAUACGCAUUUGCUAGCCUGCAUAACACAGUUACUACAAUAAAAAGGGGGAUGUAUGAAAAGCGAAAUCCUUUAGAAAACCAGUGGAAAAUAUCACAGGCCUAAUUUAUAUUUUCUGUAAGGAUAAGAGAUAAGAAAAGGAGACACACAUUUUGUUAGCAUUCAGGAAUUUUGAGUCCAACUGAAGGAGCAGGCAAGGAGGUCAGCUGCCACAAGCCCAUGAAGCUCAGGGUAGGUAACUUAGCUUAUUAAUUUGAGUGAACCAUUGCCUGACCUUGGAAGUGUUCUGUCACAUGCUCUGGAAUAUAAAAAGUAGAAGGGAGCUUUUGCAUACUCCUUGUUGAAGGGUAAAUCCAGAAGGGUUUCUAGGGGCACCAACAGCAGCAGCCUUGAACUCCAGCCCCUUUCAUUUUAGGAAGAAAGUCCACCUUCCCUUCCGUAUGUUUUUCCUCCUUGCUCAUGUGCUGCUUUUCUUUGCAGAUUACCAUGUGGUGGCAAAAGGCUUAGGAGGGAAAGGCUUCCUGCUCAACCGCGAGAAUGAGGAUCAAACGGAGGAACUUAUCAGGACAGCACAGUCUGAAUGCAGGCAAGGGCACCCUGUCCUUCUCAACGUCCUCAUUGGGAAAACAGACUUCCGUGAAGGCUCCAUAUCUGUGUAG